GUAUAUUAAAGUUUUGUUUUGUAAAGAAAGAGAGAAGCUGGAAACCCUGGAAAAAAAAUUGCAGGUAGAUGCAUUCAACUUGUUAAAAAAUACAGUACAAAAGUUCGAAAUCCCGGGUCCUGAAGGAAGCACAUUCUUCGUCAUAGGAGAAGCACAAGCACGUCUACCAAGCAAAAGAAUACAGUGUCGAUCAAUUCAAAUUGCCGAACAUCUCGCUUGUGUUUUCAGCGUUGCAACUUUAUUCGUUCGUUCACACAGUGAUACAAACAGCAUUGCACAUCAAUGUCAUAAAUGGCCUUUGACAGUAGCAUGCGGUUACGGCAAAGCCUUACCAACCAAUAGGCAUAUGAAUUCACAUCAGGAGAUUAAUGAAGAUUUGGAUAUGACUGCUGCAAUGAUUGCUGUUUGUGCAGGAAGUUGCGAUGACGGUGUUUGUGGAGCGUGUGAUGCUUGUGGUGCCUGUAGUGCAUGUGGUGGUUGCGGUGGUUGUGGUGGUUGCGGUGGUUGUGGUGGUUGCGGUGGGUGUGGAGGUUGCGGGUAA